AUGGUACUUUACGUGGCCAUCGAUCAAUUGGUUUGCCAGAUUGAUGAUCGAGCUUUUGUACUCGGCAAACCAGCCAAAGCAGGUCUUUCUCGUGCCUUUGUCCGUCCCUCAGGCACCGAACCCGUUGUGCGCGUCUAUGCGGAAUCAGCCACUAAGGAACUGGCCAAAUGGCUGGCCCAUGCAGUUGCAAAAUCUGUUUUGCGAGUGUUAAAUACACACUCACACGAUAUUUUGGCUACUGAGUUUCAGCUUGGGACAUCUUGUGUUGAUGAAAUUCCCGAUUUUUGA